CUCCAUGCGCCGCUCUCCAUUUCCAAGGCUCGCUUGGCUGAUCAUUACAUCCCGGGGGGCCGAUCGACAUGCCUUUUCCGGCAGCUCGGCGCUCUGGAAAGCUCUUGGGUCCUGCGGGACUUUUAAGCUUAGACUUGAAGACUGAGAUGGUCCCCCGCAACAAGUGAAGCGCGCUUCCGAGCCAAGGUUAUUGGUUUCCUUUCUGUUCAACACCCUUGCUCAAAGGUCCUCUUGCCGAAUUCACUCGGUUCUCAAGUGGGAAGGAGCAGAGAGCGGGGACGAAGGGUUCAAAAAAGCAUCUUCGAUACUGAGAGGAGAGGCCGAAGCCUACCUAUAAAUACCAACCCUUCUCUCCAACCCCGUCUACAACUUCCCUCUUUUUUCCUUCGUCACGACUCACCUCGCGAGCUUUUCCGACUCUUUCGCUUGAGUCGUCUGCCAACUUCACCUUCAUUCGACAAACCCAAGGUCCACAUUCACUCAGUCGACACCAUGCGCUUCGUCACCACCCUCGCCGUCGCUGCGGCUUCCUGCGGCCUCGCCGCUGCCGCGCCCGCUACCGGCGACAUCCAGCUCAACCCCGGCCUUCGGCUCGUCAAGACGUCGGAGGAUGACGCCGGUUCUUGGGUUACAGAGGACGAGAAGUUCGAAAAGUACACUUCCAAGGGCAUCGGCUUCAUCGACAUCACCGACAUCUCGGACGAGGAGGUCCUCAACGCCCUGUCGACGGCUCCCGAGAACUCCACUGCUCUCGUCUCCCGCCAGGCCAUUACCUACCCGACCACUCUCACCCACGUUGCUGAGGCCAACUCCCUCAUCAGCCGUGUCAGCAACACCAACCCUCAGUCUUGGCUUCAGACCCUGACCAACUUCAACAACCGUCACUACCGCUCGACCACGGGCACCCAGGCCUCGACUUGGCUUUACAACCAGGCCGUAAGCAUCGCCUCUGGCUACUCGGCCAUUACGGUGUCGCGCUUCACCCACUCGUUCAACCAGCCCUCCAUCAUCGUCAAGUACCCCGGCACCAGCUCCAACUUGAUCAUCGUCGGUGCCCACUUCGAUUCCACCGCUGGCGCCACCACUGCCCGUGCUCCCGGCGCCGAUGACAACGGCACUGGCACUGUCAACCUUCUCGAGGCUCUCCGCGUCCUCGUGGCCGCCGGCUUCCGCCCCAAGAACACGAUCGAGUUCCACUUCUACGCCGGCGAGGAGGGCGGUCUCCUCGGCUCCCAGGCCAUCUUCUCCAACUACCGGACCACCGGCAAGCGCGUCCUCGGCAUGCUGAACCAGGACAUGACGGGCUACUCCCCUGGCGGUCGUGCUACUGUCUACACCGACUACGUCGACACCGCCUUCACUGCCUACGUCCGCCUCGUUACCACCCAGUUCACUGGUGCCACCCCUGCCAGUUCGUCCUGCGGCUACGGCUGUUCCGACCACGCCAGCGCCCGCUCCAACGGUUUCCCUGCUGCCUUCGUUAACGAGGAGCCCUUCGGCACCGCCAACCCCAACAUCCACACCUCGAGAGACACCUACGCGAGCAUUCAGUGGAACGCUGUCCUGCGCCACUCGAAGCUCACUGUGGGCUUCCUUGUCGAGGCUUCUUACUUGGGCUAGGAACUCGAGGGUCUCAAGGAGCCUGUCGAGUGCCCCAUCCAUGACGGUCGUCAUCCGUGCUGAGUGCAACAGGGGGGUUCCAUGCAAACAAGCAUCCUGUUAUACGUUGUUGCUUUCCUCAUAGAACCCCGAUCCUUUAACUAGAUUU